AAGAAAGUAUUUGCUACAAACAAGUGAUUACAACAAUAACAUUUUAUAUAAUAUUGCCAUAGUUUACUUUAAUAAGCUUAUUUACUGUGAUAUAAAAAUAGGACCUGCUAUUUUAUGUUAGUUUAGCUUCACUGUUGCCCAAAGGGUUUUCAGCAUAUGCACCCGGUGGCGAUACCGUCAGUGGUAGUGCCCAAGGAUGGCAGCCGCUGUCGGUGUAAAUAAGCAAGGAGCUGCGGCGGGGAUGGAGUGGUGCAGCCGCUACAUUCGGACCAUUGCAGGCGGCACGGUCAAGGUACUGGAAUGUGGAGUGUGUGAAGAUGUGUUUUCUCUGCAAGGUGACAAAGUUCCUCGGCUGCUGCUGUGUGGUCACACUGUGUGCCACGACUGUCUCACCCGCCUUCCACUUCAUGGCAGAGCUAUCCGCUGCCCCUUUGACAGACAAGUCACUGAAUUAGGCGACUCCGGAGUCUGGGGACUGAAGAAGAACUUUGCACUCCUGGAGCUUCUAGAGAGACUGCAGAAUGGAGCCUCUAACCAGUCCGGCACGUCUGAGGACAAUUUAGAAGGCUCUGGAGAGCGUAUUAUUCGCUGUGAUGAAGAUGAGAACCACAUUGCAUCCAUGUACUGCACUGUUUGUGCCACACACCUGUGCAGAGACUGCUGUCAGCUCACACACUCCACUCGGACCUUAGCAAAGCAUAGACGGGUUCCUCUGGCUGACAAGCCCCAUGAAAAAACACUUUGUCUCCAACAUCAGGUUCACGCCAUUGAGUUUGUGUGCCUGGAAGAACCUUGUCAUGCUUGUUCUCUCAUGUGCUGUGUGUGCAAAGAGUAUGGGAAACAUCAGGGGCACAAGCAUGCUGUGUUGGAAGCUGAAGCAAAUCAGAUCCGGGCUUCAAUUCUGGACAUGGCACACUGCAUUCGAACAUUCACUGACGAGAUCUCUGAGUAUUCCAGGAAACUUGUUGACAUAGUGCACCAGAUCGAGGGAGGGGAGCACAUUGUGGAAGACAGCAUUGGAAUGGCUCACACAGAGCAUGUUCCAGGCACGGCUGAGAGUGCCCGCUCUUGUGUAAGAGUGUAUUUUGCAGAUUUACACGAGACGCUGUGCCGUCAGGAGGAGAUGGCGCUCAGUGUUGUUGACGUACACGUGAGAGAGAAGCUCGUCUGGCUCCGGCAGCAGCAGGAAGACAUGACCAUUCUGUUAUCGCAGGUCUCCACUGCCUGCCUGCAUUGUGAAAAAACACUGCAACAGGAUGAUUGCCGUGUUGUGUUAGCCAAACAGGAGAUAACAAGACUACUAGAAACUCUGCAAAAGCAGCAGCAGCAGUUCACAGAGCUUGCAGAUCACAUCCAGCUAGAUGCCAGCAUUCCUGUCACUUUCACAAAGGAUAACCGGGUUCACAUUGGCCCAAAGAUGGAGAUUCGGGUUGUAACCUUGGGGCUGGAUGGGGCAGGAAAAACCACCAUUCUGUUUAAAUUAAAACAAGACGAGUUCAUGCAACCAAUUCCUACGAUAGGUUUUAAUGUGGAGACAGUCGAGUACAAAAACCUGAAGUUUACCAUUUGGGAUGUUGGAGGUAAACACAAGCUGAGGCCUCUCUGGAAGCAUUAUUACCUUAAUACACAAGCGGUAGUGUUUGUGAUUGACAGCAGCCACAGGGACAGAUUGAUGGAGUCACACAGCGAGCUAGCAAAGCUGCUAACAGAAAAGGAGCUCAGAGAUGCACUUCUGCUGAUCUUUGCUAACAAACAGGAUGUGGCUGGUGCUGUCUCCGUGGAAGAAGUUACUGAGUUGCUGAGCUUGCACAAGCUGUGCUGUGGCCGCAGCUGGCAUAUUCAAGGCUGUGAUGCUCGGAGUGGGAUGGGGCUGCAUGAAGGACUGGACUGGCUGUCAAGACAACUGGUGGCAGCAGGGGUGCUGGAUGUAGCUUAGA